AUGGCUCAGACGCUGCAGAUGGAGAUCCCCAACUUUGGGAACAGCAUCCUGGAGUGCCUGAACGAGCAGCGGCUGCAGGGGCUGUACUGUGACGUCUCGGUGGUGGUGAAGGGCCACGCGUUCAAGGCGCACCGGGCCGUGUUGGCCGCCAGCAGCUCCUACUUCCGGGACCUUUUCAACAGCAGCAAGAGCGCGGUGGUGGAGCUGCCGGCCGCCGUCCAGCCCCAGUCCUUCCAGCAGAUCCUCAGCUUCUGCUACACGGGGCGGCUCAGCAUGAACGUGGGCGACCAGUUCCUGCUGAUGUACACCGCCGGCUUCCUGCAGAUCCAGGAGAUCAUGGAGAAGGGGACUGAGUUCUUCCUCAAGGUCAGCUCGCCCAGCUGCGACUCGCAGGGGCUGCACGGCGAGGAGGCGCCCUCCUCCGAGCCCCAGAGCCCCGUGGCCCAGACCUCGGGGUGGCCCUCGGGCGCCGCCGCCCUGCCCCUGGUCUCGCGGGUGAAGACGGAGCAGGGCGAGCCCGACGGGGUGCAGUGCACCUUCGUGGUCAAGCGCCUCUGGGACGGCGGCCCCAAGGACGGCGCCGCCGGCGGCAACGGCAGCCGCAAGAUGGCCAAGUUCUCGGCGCCUGAGCCGGGCCGCCAGCCGCAGCCUCCCGCGCCGGCGGCGGGGCCGGCCCCAGCGGCGGCGGCGGCGGCAGCGGCGCCCGGCCCCAGCGCGGCCGACCAGACCAGCCCCGGGGGCACAUCCAGCGCCUACACGAGCGACAGCCCCGGCUCCUUCCACAACGAGGAGGACGAGGAGGAGGACGGGGGCGAGGAAGGCUCCGACGAGCAGUACCGCCAGAUCUGCAACAUGUACACCAUGUACAGCAUGAUGAAUGUAGGGCAGGCAGGUGAGAAGGUGGAGGCGCUGCCGGAUCAGGCCACCUCGGAGUCGCGCAACCGGGUGCGGGUGCGGCAGGACCUGGCCUCGCUGCCGGCCGAGCUCAUCAACCAGAUCGGGAACCGCUGCCACCCCAAGCUCUACGACGAGGGAGACCCCGCCGAGAAGCUGGAGCUCGUCACGGGCACCAACGUCUACAUCACACGGGCGCAGCUGAUGAACUGCCACGUCAGCGCGGGGACGCGGCACAAAGUCCUCCUGCGGCGGCUCCUGGCGUCCUUCUUUGACCGCAACACCCUGGCCAAUAGCUGCGGCACGGGCAUCCGCUCGUCCACCAACGACCCCAGCCGGAAGCCGCUGGACAGCCGGGUCCUGCAUGCCGUCAAGUUUUACUGCCAGAACUUCGCCCCCAACUUCAAGGAGAGCGAGAUGAACGCCAUCGCCGCCGACAUGUGCACCAACGCCCGGCGCGUCGUGCGCAAGAGCUGGAUGCCGAAGCUGAAGCUGCUGAUGGCCGAGGGCGACUCCUACACCUCCUUCAUCAACGACACCGGCAAGCUGGAGCCCGACAUCAUGGGCCCCGAGCCGGCCUUCGAGGCCGGCGGCCACGAGGGCGAGGCGGGCGCCCCGGGGGAGGGCCUGCAGUGA